AUGGACAGAAGUGGUAUUGAGCUAGCAUAUGUGGUAUCCCUUGCACCGUCUUUCUUUGAAAGGGAACAGGUGUGAGAUCAUUUAAAUAACGACAUAAUUUGCAACUGAAUUUGAGAGACCUUGUCUGUAGGAAAAGACCCUUGCUCGUCAUACACAAAGCUAACCGAAUCUGACAGAGAGAGGAAAUUCACUCAAGAUAAAGGAAAAAGCGACGCGGCGGAUUUGAAGCCUAAAAAAUGGUACCGUUUUACCGAUGAUGCAGGAUUCAAAUUGGCAAACAGGUAACUCUCCGAUCCCUUUUUAUUAGGAUGCUCGAACGAAACGGUGUUAAUAACUAAAUGGUUACCAUUCUAGAAUCUGAAAUUUAGUCUAGGCUUAGGUCAUAGAGUUUGUGCUCUUCGAGAAGACACUCUUCUAUCACAAUGCCUCUCUCAAUCCAGGGAAACAAAUUGGUACCGAGAAGUUUUCAGGUAACUCUCACGAAAUACCUAAAGGUUUACUUCUCUCAACAAUACUCUUGGUCUCUUCGGGCUCCGGGCACUGGAAUAAGCUCCGAGAUAAUCGAUGUCCUUGCCUACGUGUAAGAAUGUAUCAUUGACUUCUCCAUCCAACAAAACUACUUGUAGUUCAAAACCUUAAACCCACAUCAUAUUCAUCCGCUUUUCCUACAGGUUGAAGAAAAACGAGUGUGUUGCCGGGCCGGCAUGUGGCGCAAUGUAUCCCGGAUUUAUGCUUGGUGCUAAUCCCAAGAAUAUUGGAAAGACUGUCAAAAAGAAAGUUUGUUUCGAUGAAGGCAACAAUUGUUGCGCUAAAAAGGUGUUUGUCAAGGUCAAAAGAUGUCCACAAGAUUUCCUCAUUUAUCAGUUACCUGCAGCGCCGUCUGGGAGUUAUCGCUACUGUGGCAGUAAGAGUAAGAAACCUACAAUCUCUCUGAUAACCCCCUCACCUUUUAAAGUCUCCUCCCUUUUUUCAAGGAAAAUGGAUCAAACCUCGCCCGUGGAGGAUCGGCAUAAAUUGAUUACUAAAUCAACUGAGAACGAUAAUUUUCCCGGUGAAAAUUCAAUGAUUUAGAAACAAGACUAUGCACUGGUUGACAAUCGCUUUCGAGUACUUAAAACCAAUUAUUAACUCUUCCUGUUUUCUUUCUUUCCUGUUGAAUUAGGAAGAGAGAAGCCCUCCAUAGGUAUGUUGAUUAGGAAGUAAUCCGUGAAUCAAGUACUUUUAUUAGCCUCUGUUAGCUGUAUCACACUUUGCAAGUGCAACAAGCGCUAUAAGUCUGAAGUCCGACUUUAUUCGAUUCUUCCCCUUCAGCUACCCUCUUUAUCUCCUUCCUCCUACCUAUUUUUACAUCCGUUUUUCUCGUUUUCUUUCUUCUUACUAUAAGUUCUGUUUCAUUAUGUGAAGGUAUUCUUAACGCGAACAAGCUCUGCUGCCGAACUGAAAUGCAUUCUGAUUUCUUUAUUCGGGCUUUUUUUUGUUAUAAAUUUAAAUCGCUUUAGAUAUUAAUGGAUGCCUUCCGUUGUAGAAAAUCACAGCAUGAUUUUAAAUAACCAACAUUGAGUUAUGAAGUUUUCUGGCGUUGACUUCUGACUGAGCGCUUAUUUCAUCGAAAUCUAAACAUUCCAGAAACAUUCCAUUCCUAGGAGAAGAAAUGAUCCAAAUCUACAGCAACUUGAGAUGAAUUUCCUCAGCAACAAAGGUUAUGUAGAGACCAUAAAAAGGAUACGGUCUCCUUAUUGUACCAUUAAAGGCUUCCAUAACAUUUUUUUUCAACAGCUCCACCAAUAAAUAUCGGAGAAGACAAGGAUCAUCCUGGCAAGUCGUGUAAGGUUAUUAAAGAACAAAAUUCUCUCGGUGGGUCAGGACUUUACUGGAUAAACCCAUCUGGUGGAAAAGCAUUCCGUGCUUACUGUGACCAAGAAACUGAUGGAGGAGGCUGGACAUUAGUGUAUAGUUACACCUUUACAAAUUAUCCGUAAGUGGGAUUGGACGAACGAGGAAGCUCUCAUGUACGCUGAGAGAAGAGGAAUUUAUGAGGAAAUAUCAGAGAAAAAGGAGGGCAGAUUUUUAUGAUAGUUCCCGAAAAAAACAAUGGGCAUAUCAGGAGCCUUGUAAUCUUGGUUCCGAAAAAAUUGAUUGCAUCUCGUAAUGCAUUUACCAGUAUGUAGCCACAGCUACUAUGAAAAAAAAACAGAUAUUGAUGUGCUUGGAUAAUGUCAAUACGAUAAGAUCAAUACACCAAAGCCACUAUUUUCGGGAAGCUAAUUUGUUAUCACAAUCGAUAACAAUUCAAAUUCGAACAAGGAAUAGAUCAUCGUAAGAUCGUAAGGCUAAAUUAUUUGGAUAAAAUAACUGGGAUAUCUUUUCCGAUCUACUCUUACUCUGUUUUGUUUUAUUUCGUCAUGUGCUUCUUUUUCAUCUGUUUGUUCUUCCUAGCAACUUUGCGGACGGUAGUAAUGCAGUUACACCACGUCCCUCAUGGCCAGCGGAAGGGGAAAUUCCGAUAUCGACGAAGGUACCUUUGAAAGAGACACAGUUGGGUGCCAUGAACUUUAAAUUCUGGAAACAAAUAGGCAACGAGUUCAUGGUCAAGUCCAACAUCAACCACUGGAUCGCUUGUAAAGAAGGAAUCGGAAGCCUGGUGGAUUACAAAGCUGGCAGCCUGAGCUGUAAAGUAAUAAAAAAUAUCGCCACUGUCUGCCCAAAUGUUGCUCCUGACGAGAUACGUAUGCUCACCAAAGAAUCGUCCUCUAACUAUGGUCCUCAUCUGUACUAUUCCAAGAGCACUACCGAGUUGAAGACCUAUUACUACUGGGAGAGUUCAACCCAGACCGGUAACUGGCCCACGCAUGACCCCUGUGGGAAAAAUGGUUUGUUCCACGUCAGAAAUGUGGUUAAUCCCCGCGGCAACAUUUUUAUUCGUUAGGUUAUUCGGUAAUUGUACCAUAAGAGGGUCAAUUAAGUGAGGCAUCUUGUGCCAGAUGGGAUGAUUUUUAGCCAAACUCAGCUGUAAGCAAAAAUGCUGCAGAACUAAAUAAAUUUAAAUCAAUGAAUACAAAUAGGAAUGUUGCAUAACCAUACCCAAUCUCGCAAUGAGCAAAUCGGUCCAUGAUUUUUCUCGAUAUCCUACAUUAUAGUCCACUCAUUAAUUUCACGCGAUUUUAUCGGUUACUUUACGUCACGUGGUGUAAAAUCACCGGUCAGUUAUAAAACUGAUAUUCACCUGGCUCCGUCGGCUGUGAGUGUAACUGCUGUCAUUUGUGAAUAGAUGCUAAGUUAAUAUUGCAGUUUCGAUUCUUUCUGAAUCGCGUCCGUUGUGUAAGGACUGUCUAAGAGCAAUCAAAGGUUUUGUUGUCGUGCGAGUUUUUAUAUCUCCGAAAGCCGUUAUGCGUGUGGGUCUAAAUUUCCGUUCAAUGUGGUUCCGAUUCCUUUAUUGACUCCCUUGUUUAGACAAUAGUAGUGAGCCAAUGGGAUGUGAGGGUUUUUGGGUGCUGAAAUAUCCACCAAAGGCUGCUAAUGCUUUCCAGAUGUUUGCUGAAUCUGUAGUGUUUUUUUAAAAAUGUCCAAAAAACAUAAAUGGUAGUUAAAAAGUGUUGACAGGCCUGUACAACUUCCGCCAUUCGCAAGCAGAAGAUUUUAAAUCUUCAGCCUUCAAAGUUUAGCUCUGAUCAGGAUAUCUUUUAAUGACUUUCCUUUGCGAUAUAAAUUAUCCCGUGUCUUUAAUAUUUCUGAAGUGAUUAUUCGACUCCUCUCCUUCGCAAGUUGUGCAGAUGAUCAGUCUACACGUUGGUGAUGUGUCAAAUGUUUGGUCUGAAAUAAGAUGUAAAUACAUGACCAAAGAAUAAUAGUUCGACCAAACUCGCCUGAUAUCCUGCUGUACCAGAUAGAACUGAUCUAUCA